AUGAACCCUAAUCAAGUCUAUAAUGGGUUUGUGAAACCUGUUCCUACUGAAGAAGAGAAGGGAAAGAUGGAGGAACUUAAAAAGCUGUUAGGGCCAUUGCCUGAGAAACUAUCAAGUUUUUGUUCGGAUGAUGCAGUUUUGAGGUAUCUAAGAGCUCGCAAUUGGCAUGUCAAGAAAGCUGCCAAGAUGCUUAAAGAAACCUUAAAAUGGAGAGUUCAAUACAAACCUGAGGAAAUCUGUUGGGAGGAGAUAGCAGAUGAAGCAGCCACAGGGAAGAUAUAUAGAUCUAGUUGUGUGGACAGACAUGGACGACCUGUUCUUAUCAUGAGACCAAGUGUUGAGAAUUCGAAGUCGGUGAAAGGCCAGAUUAGAUACCUUGUGUACUGUAUGGAGAACGCAAUCCAAAAUUUGCCACCAGGAGAGGAACAAAUGGUGUGGAUGAUAGAUUUCAACGGUUAUAGCUUGGCGAAUGUAUCUUUAAAAACUACCAGAGAAACCGCUCAUGUAUUACAAGAGCACUACCCUGAGCGAUUAUCUUUGGCCAUUCUUUAUAAUCCUCCCAAGUUCUUUGAACCCUUCUGGAAGGUGGCGAGGCCUUUCUUAGAGCCGAAGACACGGAACAAAGUCAAGUUUGUUUACUCUGAUGAUCCAAACACCAAGCAGAUCAUGGAGGAGAACUUCGACAUGGAAAAAAUGGAGUCAGCGUUUGGUGGAAACGAUGACUCGGGUUUCAACAUAGACAAGCAUUCAGAGAGGAUGAAAGAAGACGACAAGAAAAGAUUGGCUGCCUUGAAGGAUAUUGCUUCCCCUUCUCUAGAGUCACUCAGCUUCUUAUCGGUCUCUGUUGGUGCCACCUCUGACAGUGCUCAUCUCGGUUCUGAAGAUGUGUCUGAGGACGAGCAUCAGCCUCAUCGUACGAGUGAGACGAAGGAAUCUAUCCCAUGA